AUGAGGCACAAAAAUUUAGCUAUCGAACAAAAAUUUUUAGAGGUGGGUCACACCCAAAUGGAGGCCGAUUCAAUGCAUUCCACUAUAGAACGUCAGCUUAAGAACAAGGUCAUAAAUGUGCCAGCUGAAUACAUAUCUAUUGCUAAGCAUGCUCGUAAAUGCCCAGUAUCCUAUUAUGUAACAUAUUUGGACCACACUUACUUCAAAAACUUCGACAAAAUUCAGUUUUAUAAAAGUAUUCGCCCAGGAAGAUCCAAAGGGGAUCCUAAGGUCACUGACAUUCGUGCACUACGUUACGAAAGCAAUGGAUCAAUUCUUUAUAAAACUUGCUAUAAGGAUGAAUGGCAAAGUUUACCACAAAGACGAUCUUUGCAAUGUAAUCCUUGCGAGAUUACUCAACUAUCUCAAUUGUAUCAGAACCGACGUAAAAUCACUGCACGAAAAUUUGAAGACUUGCAGCAAAUAAAAAAGACCCUUCCUUCUGACUAUCAUAAAUAUUAUGAUGACUUGCCUCAUGAAUAA